AUGCCGCCUGCGACAGUCCCCUCGACAUCCGCAACGCACUCUGCGGGUCGUUCGUCGCGUAUUGCACCUCAUUCACACAUUCGAGGUCUCGGACUCCGACCAGACGGAAUUGCUGAUACCGAAGCGGCGGGUUUUGUAGGUCAAAAUGCAGCAAGAGAGGCUUGUGGAAUCGUUGUAGAACUCGUGAAAUCGCGCAAGUUUUCUGGACGCGCGCUCCUCCUCACAGGAGCACCCGGCACGGGCAAAACCGCAUUGGCACUCGCGAUAGCACAGGAACUAGGAGUACGCGUACCGUUUUGCCCUAUGGUAGGCAGCGAAGUCUACAGCACCGAGGUGAAAAAGACAGAGGUGCUCGCCGAAGUCUUUCGACGCGCGAUUGGUUUGAGAAUAAAGGAGACAAAAGAGGUCUACGAAGGAGAAUUGACCGAGUUGACACCUACCGAGACGGAAAACCCACUCAGUGGCUAUGGCAAAACGGUCUCUCACGUUGUCAUCGGCUUGAAGACUGUAAAAGGCCAGAAGCAACUCAGACUGGACCCUGGCAUCUACGAGGCGAUUCUCAAGGAGAAGAUUACCGUCGGAGAUGUGAUCUACGUCGAAGCGAACACGGGUGCCGUGAAGCGCGUUGGUCGAUCGGAUGCCUAUGCUUCUUCCUACGACCUAGAAUCGGAAACAUAUGUACCGCUACCAAAGGGCGACGUACAUAAGAGAAAAGAAGUCAUCCAGGACGUGACUCUGGGAGAUCUCGAUGCCGCCAACGCACGACCACAAGGAGGACAGGAUAUUAUGAGCGUAAUGGGAAGCCUCGUCAAGACAGGUCGGACGGAAGUGACUGAGAAGCUCCGUCGAGAAGUAGAAAAGGUUGUCAAGGGGUAUGUGGAGCAAGGAGUUGCAGAGGUUGUGCCGGGCGUUGUGUUUAUCGACGAGGUUCACAUGCUUGAUGUAGAAUGUUUCACUUAUCUGAACGCCCUUUUGGAGUCACCGAUGGCUCCAACGGUCGUAUUUGCGACUAAUCGUGGAAACGCGCUCGUCCGCGGCACAACAGACGUGAUCUCUCCCCAUGGUAUUCCAGUCGACCUACUCGAUAGGUGCCUGAUUGUCAAGACUGAGCCGUACGACAAAGCACAAGUGGCCAAAGUCGUUCAAGUGCGCGCUGGUGUCGAAGGACUGAGACUCGGCCCUGGCGUUCUUGACAAGCUGGCUUCAGAAGGAGAGCGAGCUUCCCUUCGGUAUGCUUUACAAUUGCUUACACCAGCUUCGAUACUUGCAAGCGUUUCAGGACGACGGGAGAUUGCUCUAGAGGAUAUCGGGGAAAUGAAUGAGCUCUUCUUGGACGCAAAGACCUCGGCCACCAAGAUUGGCUCUGUAGCUGGUCUCCAGUAA